UGGCUCUUAGGUUCCACAAAUAUCUAGCACCUGUUCAGGUUGGACAUAUGCAGCUGAAUCCACCUGCAAUUCAAUGAAAAAACAAAGAGAGACAUAAAAACAGCUACCCAAUAUACAUGGAUGGGCAAUUGGACACUAUGUUGGUCCAUAUUAGUAAGAUCUGAGGGUUAGGGUUCUACAUUUAUUUUCUCUAAUAUCAAAAGAGUUCCAACAAAAUUCUUAUACUAAGGGCAGUAUCUAAAUCUAAGGCCUAACAAGCUAACAGCUAUGGAAUUCUUUAUGUGAAGGGCCUGUGUCCAUUCUUGAAAAAGGCUUAAAGAGAUGGCCUUGUAAAAUGCAACUAAAUCUAGGGGCGAAUCUGGUAAAAUACUUCCUGUCUGAAAUCUCCCCUACGUUGUCGUUUCUAGGUGACGGUGGAGGCCAAGGAAAAAAAAUUUUAAAAUCCCUUCUUUUUUUCUUUGGGUUCUAGCUGUUUCGAAGUCAUAAAAAUUGCUCCAAUUUCCUCACAAAUUUUCAUUUCUAUUUUGGGAGAUUUAAUUUAACAUCAUGAAACAUUCAGUAAAUCGGCCUCCAACCCCUGAUGGUGCAGAAGAUCAAGGGAAUGAACCCACCCUUCAAGAAAUUAUUAAUAUCAAGUUAAUUGAAAGCGGGGAAAAAGAGAGAUUAAUGGAACUGUUAAGAGAAAGACUUAUAGAAUGUGGAUGGAAGGAUGAGAUGAAAGCUCUUUGCAGAUCAUAUGUUAAGAAGAAAGGAAGAAAUAAUGUCACUUUGGAUGACCUUGUUCAUUUGAUCACCCCAAAAGGCAGAGCUUCUGUCCCAGACUUCGUAAAGGCUGAGCUAUUGCAAAGAAUUCGUUCUUUUCUCAUGUCCGCUGCUCUUUGACCAUCAGCAUGCAUUGAUUAGCAAAGAGGGGGGAAAGUUACAGAGCUGUCAGCUGCGCAAUAUAGACUUCAAUGAAGCCUCAAUAGGGUUCGUCUUUAGCAUCUUGUUGAAUGAUUACACCAAUGGAAUGAAUAGGGUUUGCAGCCAUGAGGAUGUAAUUUCAUUUAUCCAUUCUUGCUGUGAUAGGAUCAGCAAAUUACAGAUGGUUUCGGUUGUCUACAAACGCUUCUAUUGCUGGGUUUAAGGGAGGAAAACUGUGCAUUAGAUCAACAUAUUUGACCUUGUAAAUCCUCUGAUUGAAGCUAUACUUCUUUCCAUGA